AUGACAUCUCUGGAUCCAAACUCCGCUUUAUCACCACUACCACCUCUAAAAUCAUUUUCAUUAACCCACAUACUGUAUGAUCCUACACAUCCACUUUCGAUCCCAUUGACUCUACUAUCUCUCUCGCCUAUCUUUCUCUUCGUUUCGUAUUUCACUCUCCUGAUAUUCACCCGGCGACUCACAAUUCUGUUGCUUGCUCUGGGUCAGGUUGGGAACGAAGUCCUAUCAUGGAUCCUGAAGCGGUUACUGAAAGGUGACAGACCUUAUAUUGGACAUGGAGAAGUUGGUACGGGGUAUGGAAUGCCAAGUAGUCAUUCUCAGGCGGCGGGAUUCUUGGUGGCCUGGGGUAUAGGUUACUCGUUGACUCUCGCUAAAAGAGGAGUCGCUUCAAAGCACAGCGAAGGGAGAUUGGUCUUGGUUAGGAAAGCUAGAAAUGGCAUUUACGUAUUUGGCUUGAUCGUUUGGUCAAUUGGAGUUUCUUAUUCAAGAUGGCAUCUACAUUAUCAUUCACCAAUACAAGUCAUAGCAGGAUACACCGCAGGAUUGAUUGCUGGUUCGGCUUAUUUUAUAUUAACGGAAUAUCUACCUCUACAUUACCCUACAUCUUUAUUGGGAAAGAUACAUGGUGGCUUAGAGAACCUAUGGGAGGGUGUUGGCGGUGUAGGCGGCUGGGCACUGGGUGACGCGAAGGGUGGCUGGGGCGAAGGGUGGCUAAUAAGUGGUGCUAUGCCGCUGGAAAAGGGGAAAAAGAAACAGUGA